AUGUCUAGUCAACAACCACAUGAAGUGCAACAACAUCAUCAUGAUAUUCAAGCAUCGGCACAUUCACAACAGCAACAGCAACAGGCUCAACCACAACAAGCAUAUCAGCAAUUAAAUGCCACCACAGCCCCCGGUGGUCAGCCCGUGUUUGAUUUGGGGAAGUUCUGGAUGGAGGAAAUGCACAAUGCGGAAGUCUUUGAUUCUGAUUUCAAGAAUCAUCCUCUUCCAUUAGCUCGUAUAAAGAAGGUGAUGAAAACGGAUCAAGAUGUAAAGAUGAUCAGCGCAGAGGCUCCCAUCUUAUUCGCUAAAGGAUGCGAAAUAUUUAUUACUGAAUUAACCAAGAGAGCAUGGGUUCAUGCAGAGGAAAACAAACGUAGAACAUUGCAAAGAUCCGACAUUGCUACAGCAAUAUCCAAAACUGACAUGUGCGACUUUUUGAUUGAUAUUGUGCCUAGAGAAGAAGCCGCAAAGACCAGCAACCCUGUAUACGACCAAACUGUGUAUGCAGCAACCAACACGAACGCUGCUGCUGCUGCUGCUGCCGCCGCCGCUUACUACCAACCUCAAUACAAUGCCAGCCCAAUGGACCCUCAUACAUACUAUCCGCCAUUACCUCAAUUUACAAAUGAUCAAGUGCAACAGUACCAGAUGCAACUACAACAAUUUGCUCAGCAACAGCAACAGCAGCAACAGCCAAACUACGAAACAGAAGCAAAGCCUAAAGAUUAA